ACCACGUCAACGCAGCUUCUGUUGUUUUUGAGGCUGUUUCAUUCAAAUUAGCUUUUUUAAUGGGUUUAUUUAAUUUUGUAGUUUUCCCUCCCAAUUUCUCCCACUGCAUUUCACCAUCCUGAAGACUGCACUGUACACUCCAGCUCAGCAGGGGCACUCAUGCGGCUGGAGUUGCUGAGCCCCGCCAGAGCUCCGGAAAAAGAAGCAGAAGCAGAGGCAAACGCAGAGCAGUGAGGGCUGUAGAGCACCAGAGACUGUGCCCUUGACUUUCACACCGCUCAGUUCAGUUUAGCACAGCGCAGCGCAGGUCUGCUGUGCUGUGAACUGAAGUCGUUGUGGAGUAGCGGGUCAUGUAUUUGCCUACCUCGCUGUUAACCUUGGAUUCAGCAUCAAGCUAUGAGUGCUCCAAACUCACAGGAGAGACGGGCCUGCUGGGGAGCUCGAGAUGAGUUUUGGAAGUGUCUGGACCAUAAUCGAGACGACGUAGCAGCUUGUGAAAAAUAUAAAACAGACUUUGAGAUGCUUUGUCCUGCUCAGUGGGUGAAGUACUUCAACAAGCGAAGAGACUAUCUGAAGUACAAGGAAAAAAUUGACAAAGAGGGAUACAAACCUAAAGAGGGGGCACCAAAGUUAUAGAACAUCGGACUGUACAUGGGCAACAAUGCUGGAGCCUGGAAUACCUCUGCUGUGGUCACAAUGGCAAGAGUCCCUUCAGAUUUCUACAGCCUGUGCAUCCCCAUUACAUGUGGUUGUUUUAAGAUGCAGCAGUUUCUUUGCACAUUCUGUGAAUUAUUGAAUUAUGUGACUUAAAAUGCCUCAAAGAUGUGUGAUAUUAAUACAAGUCACUGGCAGUACUUUUUAUUUUGGUUUGAAAAUAUAUAUUUUUUGUGGAACAUAGGUUUGUUGCAGAUAAAUUAAAUUUUACAUAGAUUCACUGUUGAUUUCAUUCAUAUUGUAAUAAAGCAUUUCAGUAUAUAUUUACAGUAGUUAAUGGUCUGUAAGUAAUAACACAAUUGUUUUUUUUUUCCUGAUUCUGUAAUUUCACAGGCUGAAAAAAAACAUAUUAAAUUGUUAAAUUUUAUUUGCUAAAUAUCUAGAAGCAAAUCUGUUAAACAAGACUUUUUGCAUUCAGUCAGUACAAAAACGUAAAUAAGAGAUUUAGGUUUCCUAUUGUUAGUUAAUUGUAGACAGUGUAAAAUUAAACAACUUUUUCUCUCAGUCUAAAUGCCAAAACUACACCUCAAGACAUAUUACAGCCCUGAUAUGUAAAUAACUUGUAAUAACCUUUCUUCAUGCAAACUGUGUAGUUUGUUUACAUUUCCAAAGUAAAUGCCUUAAUACUCCCUGUAUUCACUAAGGCAAAGAAAUCACUUUUAGCACUUUGCACAAGAACACAAACUGAGGCCAUCAUAAGAAAAUAAAAAAUAGACCUUUUCGGCAUACA